GUUUCGUGACUAUCAAGUGUGACAUCUAGUCCACACCUCUCAGAAUCCAGAAAUAACCAAAAUGACGUAAUGAGUUUUUACUGGUAUUCACUUGGAAAAUACUUUUGUAAAUCAAGUCUUUCCCACAGUGCAGACACAUAUCUAACUAGUAUGUAAGAAAGUUAGUAAUGAAAUAUGCAGAAAGCUUUGGGUUGUACUAGUCUCAUUUUGACAUGUUGUGUGCUGCUUUAUCUUGUACUUUGGACAAAUCUCUCUGAACAAUGGAACAGAAUUGAAGGACAAAUUGUUAAAUCUGGAUUUUUCGGGAAAAAAAACAAGCAUACAGAUGAUCGAGUACUAAUAAUGAAAACAAUCAUCACUUCCACUUUGAGUUUAUCAUCUGGAGCUACAAGUCUCUACAAAGCUGAAAACCUGUUUGUUGAACAUGAAGACAACACAACACCUAUCCAAAUCCUUUACAAGAAGAAUUUCACAAAAUUACCUGUGUGGGAUUUUGAAGAUGUUUAUUCACAAGACCAUGAUGCAAGAAAACCUACCUGUUCAAAGUCGCUACGAAACACAGAGGACCUCAAGAUCAAGGAAGCUUUUUUUCCCAACAUUCAACUAUGGCUGUACAGAGGUCAACUCAACAUAACAGAAUGGAAUAGAUUAGCACACUUCAACAAUCCCUUUGGCUUCAUGGAGUACAAGUAUGACGAGAUAAAACCAGCAGUUGAUUUAAUACCAAAACCGAAGUCUUCAAUAUUACUGCCUGUGCCUGAAAGUGCAAAGGAUGGCUGUGUCCGCUGUGCUGUCGUGGGCUCUGGUGGCAUUCUCAAUAACUCAAAAAUGGGCAAAGAAAUCGACUCCCAUGAUUAUGUGUUUCGAAUGAAUGGGGCACUUACAAAAGGUUAUGAGGAGGAUGUUGGAAAUAAGACCUCAGUCUUUGUGCAUACAGCUUAUUCAUUGUAUUCCACCCUUCUGGGAUUUCGUCAGUUUGGAUAUGACUUUAUUCCACAAAAUGAGGGCAUCAAAUAUGUCAUGAUCCCUGAGGGCCUGAGGGACUUCCAGUGGCUCCAAGGCCUACUACAGGGAAAAGAGGCCUCAGGGGACUUUAAGGGUGUGAGACCACUGAGUUUCUUCAAUGGUCAUUUCAAUGAGAGCAGAUUUUAUGUUCUUCAUCCAGAUUUUCUUCGAUACAUUCGCAACAGAUUGAUGCCAUCCAAGCAACUGCAAGACAAUACCUGGGCAUUGUACAGGCCAACAAACGGAGCCUUUGCUUUGUUCUUGGCUCUGCAUACAUGUGACAUUGUUGAUGCCUAUGGAUUCAUUACAGAAGAUCACCAUAAGUACUCCAACUAUUACUUCGAAAAGUUCAAAAAGACCAGUGUCAUUUUCUAUAUUAACCAUGACUAUGGCUUGGAGAUCAAGACUUGGAAGAAACUACAUGAAUCUGGAGUCAUUAGACUCUACCAAAGACAGGAAAACAUGAGCACAUCAAGAGUGACAUAGGCCCGGUGUCACAGACCAUGCUUAAGGCUAGUCCCAGAUUAAAAUGAAUGUUUGACCUGUCAUAACUGAAUAUAACUUGCCCAGAAAUAUCUUAAAAUAUGUUAGCGCCAUUGUUUUGUCUCAAGAUGCACACCAGUAAU